AUGGGCUGCUUCUUCUCCAAGAGGCGGAAAGAGGCGAAGGGGGGCGCGCAGGGCGGGGCGGGCCAGGACCCCCCGGCCGCGGACGACGAGAAGCCGCCGCCGCAGUACAGCUGGGACCAGCGAGCCAAGGUUGAUCCCAAAGACUACACGUUUUCUGGACUUAAGGACGAAACUGUGGGUCGUUUACCUGGAAAAGUUGCAGGGCAACAAUUUGUCAUUCAGGACUGUGAGAACUGUAAUAUCUACAUUUUUGACCAUUCUGCUACAAUCACUAUUGAUGAUUGUACAAGCUGCCGAAUCUUUCUAGGACCCGUAAAAGGCAGUGUGUUUUUCCGUGACUGCAAAGAUUGUAAAUGUGUAGUGGCGUGCCAACAAUUUCGCACCCGGGACUGCAGAAAGUUGGAAGUAUUCUUGUGCUGUGCCACCCAACCCAUUAUUGAGUCAUCCACAGGUAUGAAAUUUGGCUGUUUCCAGUACUACUAUCCAGAGCUGGCUUUACAAUUCAAAGAUGCUGGACUGAGUAUCUUCAAUAACACAUGGAGCAACAUCCAUGACUUUACACCAGUGUCAGGAGAAAACAAUUGGAGUCUUCUACCUGAAGAUGCCAUAGUUCAGGAUUAUGUCCCCUUUCCUACAUCUGAGGAACUAAAAGUAAUCAGAAUUUCUACAGAUACCAUGAAGAGCAUAAUUCCAAUAACCCGGGGUGGGAGGCAGAAGAGCAGUGAAGAAUCAUGUCUGGCAGUUUUCUUCUCUGGAGACUACACAACUGCAAAUGCUAGAAAGUUAAUUGAUGAGAUGACUGGCAAAGGCUUUUUGUUGGUUCAGACUAAGGAAGUUUCAAUGAAAGCAGAGGAUGCUCAAAGAGUGUUCCAGCAGAGUGCAUCUGACUUCAUCCCUUUGCUUGAAAAAGGUCCUGUUGUUGCUUUGGAGUUUAAUGGAGAUGGUGCCGUAGAAGGAUGUCGAAGCAUUAUAAAUGAUGUCUUCAGUGGAACCAAGGUUUUUGCAUCGGAGAACAAAGCUUCUGCCUCUCAAGAUGUAGACAGCUUCUACAACUUUGCUGACAUGCAGAUGGGAAUGUGAAAUGUGACUUGAAGAUGUUCUUCUGCAUGGCCUGUCUCACCACUUGGAUAUAGCUUUGGUUUGACUGUGUAAUGCUGCAUUAGUAGCAAAAGUGUGUGGUUUUUUGUUUUUGUUUUUUCUGAUUGACCUUUGUAUUGCAUAUGUUUUUUUAUAAAAGGAAUUGGUAAAUUUAAUACUGCAUCACGUGAAUUACAACGAACAAUGUAGUUUCACAUGUACAUGUGAUACUUAUGUACCACUUAAACAACACACUUUCUAGUAAUUUAUGAUUAUAGUGAAACUUUAAUUAUAUUCUGAUAUGAACAUUCUAAAAAUCCUACAAAUUAAAAGAUUUGAGGAAAGGAGGUACAAUGCUAGACCACAUUUUAUGUAUUUUUAAAAAAGUCAUUUCUUAACUGAAACACAUUGCUACCGGUAUGUGUCAAUGGUACGUUAGAGAAGGUAACUUGUAGAAUUCACAGUACUUUCCCAUAUGCAAAAUUAUCUUAAUCAGGAAAAAUGUCAUUGCUAACUGAUCUAAAGUUUCUUAAAUUGUUUUCUUUUAAAUAGCAUGCUUUCACAGUUGACUUUACUCUGCUUCAGUCUUUGUAUUCAUAAAAAAAUUAAUUGCACCAAGUGUUCUAUACCAGAUAGUAUAGUACAUUAACAUUUAAGACUAACAUUAAUUUUAAUUACAUUAAAAAUAGUGUAAAGAGCCUGGGAGCUAUGCUGCAGAUGCUUUGUGCCCUCUCCUCCCAGCCCCCCAUUUAGGAGUGUCUCCAGUGGUAUAGUGGCUCCUGUCUCAUCCCUCUUUUGGGCUAGUGUAGAAGAUAAACCUGAGGCUUCCUUACAACCCAGCUGCCAUAAUGGGUCUUUGACAACUGCCAUUGUUUAGACCACACCACAGCCUAGAAUCAGGGAGAUGGUUUUAAAACAGUGUUUGGAUGCAUGCACCUCCACUGAGUGUGCUCCUCCAUGAUGGAUAUGGACACAAGGUCUCUAGUGGCUGCAGAUAAUUGACUGACUGUAAAACUAACAGUCAGUUACUUCUAGAAACAGACCGAGAGAGCAUUAAUUUGAGACUAAAGGAAUGUAACUUUUUUUACUAUAGCUGUCUGACUUGUAGUUUUUUUAAUAGAUGAGCUAUAUAGUGUUCCUGGUGGCAUUUACUAGAUACGUCAUUUCAGCAUAAGAACGUUCACUACAACGUAAUGAAUCUUAAUGCAUACACAUGAGAAUAUUGGAUCCUCAACAUUCAGAUUGAGCUUCUGCAAGGUUUUACAAGAGUUCAGAUUAGGGUUCCAUAGGCCCUCUGUUCAGACAGCAGAAACUUAGCUUCAUUAUGUCACAAAUUUACUGGACUUAUCAACUGACUGCUCUCCUAUCAUAUGAGGUGCAAACCCACAACUAUUCAGAUUCGAUGUGACUUGCUGGUGUAAACAUAAGCUUCCCAGUACCAUUUAAUGUAAAAUGCUAUGUUGUGAUUUUCCUUUUUAAAAAAAACAAAAAAACAAAAAACACAAAACUCAUUGACUUUAUAUAGUCUGGUAGUUUAUCCUCCAGCCAUCUUGUAAAUAGAGCAGGAAAUGACUGUCUUGAUAGUCAGUCAAUGCUGUGGCUUCAGAAUGCCAAAGGAGGCUGGUUGAAAUACUUCGGGAUUGGUGAAGGAAAGAAAGGGGUAUGUCUGUCUGCAUUACUCCCAGCCUUUGCAAGGUCCAUAAUGUAAAUAAGAGUAUAUGUAGGUUCUGAAGUCUGCCAUUUUGCUGUCACUAGAUAAAUGCAUGCUCUUAACUCCACUUUUUUUUUAAUAGAAGGAAGGUACACAAAUUGAAAGGAAACUUUUCCUUCUAUCUCUAGAGAAGGAGCAUCUCUUGAGCUGACUAAUUUGCAAACUGUGCUGAUGCUCAGAAAAAUCUGCCAUGGACAUGGUAGGGUUCUGUUUUGAUUUGACAGGUCAAAACAAGAUUAUUCUGCCAUUAAGUACUAGUUGGUGGUAGAAAUUAGUAUGUUUUUCUAUUUGGAAGUGGUCAUUCAAAUUAUCAUUCCAGUAUACUGUAUCUGCCAUGCUGAGACUUGGGUGGAGGGUAAAAUGUGUUUCAGUAAAUGGAGUGGAAAUGAUACUGACCACACAACAGAUCUUUCUGUCCUGAUGUAUGUUUCUAUCCUGACACUCACUGUGCUUUAGAAUCCUGCAUGUGAUAUAUUUCAAACCUGUCUUCAUGUAAUAAACUGUCUAAAUAUAAUUGGUCAUCCUAUUCUUAAACCCUUUUGUGAUCAGUAAAUUAAGCCAUGUGCUAUAUGUAAAUGAGGAUUUAGUUCUUCUCUUCUUCCCCCCCCCCACCCCCCUUACCCUAACAAUUUCUGCUCGUUAAUCAGGGUGAAGUUCUGUUUUUAAUUGUCUGUACAGGAAUGAGUAACUAGUUCUGCGUUAACUUUCAUAUGACAAACAGAUUUAGGUUUGAAAUAUUGGGGAAAUUUCCACCAACUUAAGGAAAAUGCUGUUUUUACAAAUGGUGGGUAACUAAACUGUCAAAUGCAAUUAAAGGGUUUUUCUUUUUAUAGCACUCUUGUUUCUUUUGUAAUAUUUAAAUACCUAAUGGAAUUAUAAUUGCUUGAUAACAGCAUAUUUCUGAAUCUUUGAACUUUAUUUAAUAAACCUUACUGCUAACAAAUAUUAGGAACACUUCUAUUCCUAAUGAAGUAAGCUCACCUCAGUUGUUAUAUGUAUAGUGUAACAGUAUGUGCUUCAUGCAGCUUUUUGUAUAUUUUGGUAGUUUUUGUAUGUAAUUUGUCUAGUAGUUGUGAAAUGUGACUUGCAAUAAACAUUUUCAAAAUA